CGACGUUCAUUUCAUAUUCGAGCACUGUAUUUUGGUCCAAAUGGGACGCACAGUCACGUCUCCGCCCUGCUCUGUCCCCGCGCGCCCAGCCUCUUCCCAGCGCAUUUAAUCGGUAAAAUGUUUUUUUUUUUCCGGAGCAGCGGAGGAGACUCCGACAGCGAAAGGAAGGCAAGAAGUGAAUGACUACUAGUGGAGUAAGUCAGCAACACCGCCCAGUCGGCGGACAUUUACCACGGUGGGCACGCAUUCAGGCUUUUAAAUGUAGUAGGUGUAACCAAGUGCGCACCGUUAUUUCUUCAGAGUGGGGGACUUUUCAUUGGCAGAGAUGGAAAGUGUGCAGGCUGUCGCUGAGGACGGCGCGUCGGAUGGAGGCGCGACCAAGUUAAUGAAGAAGCCCAGUGGACUGUCUGUCGCCCGGGGGACUCCAGCGGAUGAUGGCGGUGGACAUUUGGCACCCUCCCGCUUAGAGGCAAAUUCUCAUUCCGCCUCUUCAGCUGCAUCCAGUGCGUCAAACCGAGCUGUGCCUGCGUCUAAUGGCCGGGGCUCAUCCAGCAACUCCCUCCUGUUGAGACGGCGGCGCUUGAAGAGGAACCUCUCCGCCGCAGCUGCAGCCACCGCCACCUCAGCUGUCACCACCGCCAAGAUGAACUCGGCCCUGUCCUCUGCGUCUCUGCACACUCGGAGCCUGGACAGGAAAGCUCUGCUGAAGCACCGACAGAGCAUGCAGCUGCAGCCCGCAGAUCGCGAGUGGGUGAGAGCAGAUCUCCACCGGGGCUCCAUACAUGUCCACGACAGACUGACGCCCUCAUAUCCCAGGCCGGUCCUUUGCACUAUGGACACCACAGCCGGCGAGGUGGCGCUCCGUCUGAGCAAACUCUGCAGUAAGUCGAGCUCUGUUAUGCGCAUUUUUUGCAAAGAUAACCCCAAGACUGACCAAAAUGGCAACUGCAAUGUGAAGUAUGAGUAUAAUGAUAACUCGUGCAAGGUGAAUGAAGACUCAAAAUGCAGCCACCUGACUCCUCUGGAGUCCACAGAAUUGAGGGGCCAUCCCAGUGACAGGUUGAGGCUGCUGCUCAUGGAGAAUGCAGAUGAGAGGCAAAAGCAACAGGACGUUGAUGGAAAACUUUUCACCCCAGAAUCAGAGUCACAAGACAACAUAGCUUGUUCACUGUCAGAUUUAAACUCCAACAUGGAUACCCCCAAUGAUGACGACUCGGAGCACAGGAACGGAUUGGACAGCUAUGGAUUAAAUUCUGGAUCAGAUGUAGAGAGCAGUGCAUUCGAUGACCUGAGCUCCGGGGCCCGGCUCAGUGAGCACAGGGACUCCCUCAGUGAUGACAUGGUCCUGGGCACAGAGGCAUCCAUCCUCAGCCCCUCCUUUGACAGUGCCACAGAGGGCCACGACCUGUACGGUAGCUCCUCGGACGAACUGGACCUGGACUGUCCCGCGUCGACCGAAAGCAUGGACCCCAUCUCGCAACAUCACACCAACGGCAUCGGCACCGUCACUGCCAACUACAAACAGUGUAACAUAGGACAUUUAAACGACAUGACCAACAAUAUGGGACAAGAUAGCAGACUCAACCCUCACAGUCUGGGCAGCCUGCCACCCAGCAGUAGUGCCGGCUCAUUGUCAAGAGCCUGUUCUACAGGUAAUACACCUGAUAUCCAAGAUCCAGACUGUGGCCAAAGUGCUGCAAAAUCAGGCCCGACAUCAGACCACAAUGGAGAUUCCUGUGAUUCCAGCCCCACGCUGUAUGUUCAGCUACAUGGCGAGGCUGUCAGGAGGCUUAGUCCAGAUGAGAGACCUCUGCAGAUCCAGAAUGACUUUCUCUUUAAGCUUGGAUUUAAGGACCCGUGGAGAGUUCAAGAGGAAGGGCUGAACACGGAAAUUGGCUCCUUGUUACGGUUCUAUGCAGGGAAGCCCCAAAGCAUCGAGAGCUCAGAGCGGGUUCAGCUGUCAGGGACAUACAACGUUCGGAAAGGGAAGCUUCAGCUACCGGUCAACCGCUGGACCAGACGGCAGGUCAUCCUGUGCGGCACCUGCCUCAUCGUCUCCUCUGUCAAGGAGAGCCAGACGGGGAAGAUGCACAUCCUGCCGCUCAUUGGAGGAAAAGUGGAGGAGGUGAAGAAGCACAAUCACUGUUUGGCCUUCAGCUCAGCAGGGCCUCAGAGUCAAACCUACUACGUCAGCUUUGACAGCUUCACGGAGCACCUGCGCUGGCACAGACAUGCUGCCAAGAUGGUGUCCCAGAGGAUCAACUCGGUAGAUUUGUCCUGCUGCAGCCUGGAACAACUUCCUCCCAACCUCUUCUACAGUCACGACCUAACCCACCUCAACCUCAAACACAACUUCCUGCCUGCAGACCAGCGACUGCAGCAGCUUCAGAGAUUUUCUCGUCUGCGGAGCCUCAACCUGUCCAACAACCACCUUGGUCAGUUCCCCCCAGCCAUCUGUGACAUCCCCACACUGACGGAGGUCAACCUCAGCUGUAAUUACUUGGCCUGCGUCCCCAGCUCUGUGGGAGCCAUGACCAAUUUGCAGACGUUCCUUUUGGAUGGCAACAGUCUCGAUGAGCUGCCCAGUGAGCUGGGUUCCCUCCAGCGGCUAAGUUACUUGGGCCUUUCCUUCAACCAGUUCAACCAUGUGCCACAGGUGCUGGAGCAGUUAGCCUCCAUGGAGAAGCUGUGCAUGGCUGGAAACAACCUACAGACACUCACCCUGCAGAAUUUCCGACUGCUCCGUGUCAAACACAUUGAUCUAAGGUUGAAUAAGAUCUCCAGCAUGGUGCCAGAUGAGCCUGACCUACUGAGGCACGUGACCCAGCUGGAUGUGAGGGACAACAGGCUGACGGACCUGGACGCCUCGGUCUUCCCCAGACUGGAGGUGCUUCACUGUGAGAGGAACCGCAUCGAAAGCCUCAAGGCCAAGGGUUGCUUGCUCAAAGGCAUAUACGCCUCCAACAACGAGCUACGACAACUGGAUGUGAGUCCUGUGCCCUCCAAUCUUAGUUACAUGGACAUCUCAAGGAACCAUAUGGAGUCUUUGCCAGACUGGCUGUGUGAAGCUAAGAAACUGGAAGUUCUGGACAUGAGCCACAACCUCAUCACUGAGCUCCCGGCGCGGUUGUUAUGCAGCAACAGUCUGAGGAAGCUGAGUGCAGGACAUAACCAGUUGCAGAAGCUGCCUGAAAGAGUGGAGCGCCCUCUGCUGGAGGUUUUGGACAUACAGCAUAAUCAACUGGUGGAGCUGCCUUGCAACCUGUUCCUCAAAUCUGACAGCUUGCGGUGCGUAAAUGCGUCAGCCAAUAAGUUGGAGCACCUGCCUCCAUCCAGCCUAUCAGAAGACAGUCACAGCAUACUGCAGGAGCUCUACCUGACCAAUAACCGGCUGACGGAUAAGUGUGUGCCCCUGCUGACGGGCCACGCUCACCUGCGUGUUCUGCACAUGGCCUACAACCAUCUCCAGACCUUUCCCGCCAGGUAA